CGGGACGCAGGGAGGAGGGCGGCUGGGCCGGAGCAGCCCGCGGCGCCGCGCUCCUGCAAGCUCGGGGCCGGCCCCUGCAGCUGCCAUGACUCAGCCACCCCAGGAGGGCUUCGACAGGAGCGUGGAGGAUGCCCGGGAGUGGAUGAAGGCCAUGCAGGAGCGACUACAGUUCAACGACAACACCCAGGGGCCCCGGGCGGCCCUGGAGGCCAGGCUGCGGGAGACUGAGAAACUAUGCCAGCUAGAGCCGGAGGGGCGCGUGAAGGUGGACCUGGUGCUCCGGGUGGCUGAAGCCCUCCUGGCGUGUUGCCGUGAGGACCAGAAGCCCGAGAUCCUGGCCCAGCUGAAGGACAUCAAAGCCCAAUGGGAGGAGACGGUCACCUACAUGACUCACUGUCACAGCCGCAUCGAGUGGGUGUGGCUACACUGGAGCGAGUACCUGCUGGCUCGAGACGAGUUCUACCGCUGGUUCCAGAAGAUGAUGGUGGUGCUGGAGGCCCCCGUGGAGCUGCAGGUGGGCCUGAAGGAGAAGCAGUGGCAGCUGAGCCACGCCCAGGUGCUGCUGCACAACGUGGGCAACCAGGCCGUACUCCUGGACCGGCUGCUGGAGGAGGCGGCCUCCCUGUUCAACAGGAUCGGGGACCCCAGUGUGGACGAAGAUGCCCAGAAGAGGAUGAAGGCUGAGUACGGUGUGGUGAAGGCCAAAGCCCAGGACAGAGUGAGUCUGCUGGAGCAGAUGACCCGGGAGCAUGAGGAUUUCCAGGCAGAUGUGGACGAGUUCCAGCUGUGGCUGAAUGCGGUGGUGGAAAAGGUGAACAGCUGCCUGGGACGGAGCUGCAAACUGUCCACCCAGCACUGUCUCUCCAUGCUGCAGGACAUCGCCAGUGAUUUUCCCCGGGGUGAGAAGUCCUUGAGGAGGCUGGAGGAACAGGCUGUGGGCGUCAUCCAGAACACCUCUCCUCUGGGUGCAGAGAGGAUCACUGAGGGACUGGAGGAUAUGCGCAGAGUUCUGGAGAAGAUGCGCGUCCUCUGGGAGGAGGAGGAGGAGCGGCUGCAGGGCCAGCUCAGGUCCAUGGGGGCCAGUGAGCAGCAGUGGCGGCAGCUGGAAGCCGAGCUGGGAGAGUUCAGGAAGGACCUCCAGAGGCUGGCCAAGGAGGGCCUGGAACCCGCAGCGAAGGCGGGGACCGAGGACGAGCUGGUGGCCCGCUGGAGACUCUACUCGGCGACGUGGACAGCGCUGGUGGCCGAAGAGCCCCGGGUGGCCUGGCUGCAGGCCCAGCUGAAGGAGCUCAUCACCCUCUCCCGUGACCCGCAGCCUCUCUCCGACAGCGUGGUCGCUGCCCUCCAGGAGUUCCAGAGCAUGAAGGGGAAGAGCACCAAGCUUCGCAAUGCCACAGGGCUGGAGCUGUGGCAGUGUUUCCAGCGGCCUCUGCAGGAUCUGCAGCUGUGGAGGGCCCUGGCCCAGAGGCUCCUGGAUGUUACUGCCAGCCUGCCAGACCUGCCCUCCAUUCACACCUUCCUGCCCCAGAUCGAGGCGGCCCUGGCUGAAAGCUCCCGCUUGAAGGAGCAGCUGACGGCGCUGCCGCUGAAGAAAGACUUGCUGAGGAGCGUCUUCGGCCAGGACAGAGCGGCGGCUCUCUUGGAGCAGGUGGUGAGCUCCGUGCGGGACCGGGACCUGCUGCACAACAGCCUUCUGCAGAGGAAAAGCAAGCUGCAGAGCUUGCUGGCCCAACACAAAGAUUUUGGGGCUGCUUUUAAGCCCCUCCAGAAGAAGCUCUCAGACCUCCAUGGCAGGGUCCAAGCUGAGAAUGGGCUUCAGCAGGACCUUCCUGGGAAACAGGCCCAGCUUUCAAGGUUGCAGGGGCUGCAGGAAGAGGCGCUGGACCUGGGGGCAGAGAUGGAGGCCAUGAGGCCUCUCGUCCAGGGGAACCCCGGCCACCAGCACAAAAUGGACCAGAUUUCCACCGACUACCAGGCCCUGCAGAGGUCUCUGGAGGACCUCAUGGACAGGGGCCAGCAGAGUGUGCGGGAACACUGCACCUUCCGCCACGAGCUGCUGGAGCUGCGACAGUGGAUUGCCAUGGUCACUCAGAAGCUGGAAUCACACCAGGAGGAUGCAGGCACAUGGGACGCCCAGUCCCAGGAGGUCAAAGUCGAGAGGCUGCUGGCUGAAUUCCCGGAGAAGGAGGCCCAGCUGCCCCUGGUCGAAGCACACGGCCGGCUGGUGAUGAAGAAGUCUUCUCCGGAAGGGGCUGCCAUCGUCCAGGAGGAGCUAGAGGAGCUGAUGGAGUCCUGGCAGGCCCUGAGGCAGCUGGAGGAAAGCCUGCUGAGCCUCAUCAGGAACCAGCAGCUGCAGAAGACGGAAGUGGAUUCAGGGAAGAAAAUGAUUUUCACCAACAACAUCCCGAAGGCCGGGUUUCUCAUCGAUCCCAUGGAUCUUGUUUCCAGGCGUCCCCGUCAGGCAAACCCACUCCAGGAAGAAGGCAGCCAUGAAGGUUUCUCCCAACUCCUGAGGGACUUCGAGCAGUGGUUAGAGGUGGAAAAUGCCAAGCUGGUUAGAAUCAUUGCGAUGAGAAUGGCCACCGCCAAGGAUUUGAAGACCAGGGAAACGAAGCUGCAGGAGCUGGAGGCUCGGGUGCCAGAGGGUCAGCAUCUCUUCGAGAACCUCCUCCAUCUCGGGCCAGCAAGGGGGACCUCCAACGAGCUGGAGGACUUGCGUUACCAGUGGAUGCUGUACAAGUCCAAGCUCAAGGACUCUGGCUACCUGCUGACGCAGAGUUCUCCAGGGGAGCCGACUGGAUUCCAGAAGGUACCGUGUCUGCCAUCUGCUGCACACGCUAGAAGGCAGGGCGUCUGGAGGCCGGUAGGCCUGCAGUGCUGAAGCCAGACUCCUGGGCUUUCUGGAAGGUUCCAUGAGGUCCAAGAGUCCGCGGUGGCCGGCGCGGUGGCGAGGACUCGGCUCCCUCUUCCCGAAGGUGUGCUGCGUGGCGCUCCCCCUGCAGCUCCUGUUCUUACUCUUGCUGCUCUUGCUGCUCCCUGUUGGGGAGGACAGCCGCAGCUGCUCCAUGGUCAACAACUUCGCCCGCUCCUUCAGGCUCAUGCUCCGCUACAGCGGCCCGCCGCCCACCUGACCCCAGGUGGCCCCUCUCCGACCCUCCGCCCGCCCCAGCACUGCUUCUGGGGCUGCGGAGGCAGGCGGCCGCCGGACACAUACUCUACUGACGUUCUCCAAAGAAAACCACUUUUUAUACGGUGUCGUCUUAGUCUAUUUAUACAGAAGCUGUCCUGUGUGUGACUAGGGGAUGGUGGAUAGAAUUUUUAUAGCCUCUGUAUGUAGAUGCUUAGUCUGUAUCGUUUCAUAUAUGAUGUCUCUUUGUGGGGCGGCGGAAUUCCUAGCACUUUGAGGGUCCAGUGGGAUUGGGUGGCAUUUUGCCUUGGUCUGCAGUUCCCCCCCAACCCGCGCCCUGAAAAGCAGGAGCAAAUAACAUGUCACUUAUGGCCACUGCUUGCCCGGAAGCUGAGCCCUGAGCCCAGCUGUUAGAAGACCCCUGAGCUGCGGACAUGGAAGAGCCACACAGGCCCUCACUCGGCGCCCAGUUACUCUUGCUUUAGGCACAGUGAGGACAAAGGACAGCAGCUUAGACGCUGUGGGUUGGAAGCAGAAGUGGUGAUUAUCGAAGGCGGGCCUGGUGACAGCAGUGACAAGUGACAAGUGAUAGAGUGAUAUCAAGGAAGGAAAAGAGCUAUAACGAGGAGACCCAGAGCAUUGAAACAGCACACAGCAUGGGGGCUCCAUGGGUGGGGGAGGGACCGCUAACCGCAACCCCCCCCCCAGCCUCCGAUAGCACAGAGCCACAGUGGAGGUCCGUGGCCAUGACACUGAUCCGCAGGCGCGCUGAGCUGGGGCCCCACGUGCUGUGUGCAAGGAGAAGGGAAGGCGAGAAACUCGGUCGCGGGGGUCUUCAUGCAGAAUGGGGAGUGCGCUGUGUGCAUCACCCCCGGGAAGAUGCAUCCCUUCUGUUGCUCUCUGCUUUUUCCUGGUCUGCGACUCGAGCUGAAGGGCCAGAAGGGAUGCAUCUGGGAGGUCAGGUACCAGGGAUCAAGGGUCCAGGACAGGGAUCAGAGACGGACCUUAGGGCUGAGCCUGUCUGCAGGGCUCUGCCUCUUCCUCCCGCAAGAAGGGACUUCAGAGAGAGGCGGGUCUUCUGGGCCCAGAGUGUCCCACACAUGGCCUCACAAGAGGCCAUGGCCCGGGCCGCCCCAAACCCCAAAUGAGGCUCCCUCUGGGCAGGGCAAGGCUGUUAAUCUCCCUGCAGCCCCUGGGGAGGAGCCGGGGGACCCUGUGCUGGGCCCUGAGGCCAGAAACAUGUCCCUUCUUCCCCAGGGAAUUCUGGAUGGCUCCUAAGUGCAUUAUAACUGGAUCAUGUUUUUCCUUAAUCAACACUAAGUGUCCUUUCAGAAAACGCCUAGUGCCCAUUCUUUACAAACUGAUUUCGUCUGCAGGAGACCAAGACGGGGUCCUCUAGGCCUUUGGGAUCAUAAAGUGUCCAGACCCAAAAAGGCCCUGUAAAGGGAGAGAAACGGAGGAUCCAGGAGGGUCCUGACUGGUGGCACCAAGCCCCGCCCCGCAGCACUCCUGCACACUCGGCCCCGCCCUCUCCAGUGGCGGAGGAGGGCCCGAACCCAGGCUUCCCUGAAACUCAGCGGAGCUGGGCAUUCACAGGCAGGAAAAUGGUACUGCCCAGAAGAGGUCUUGGUUUGCACUCAGAAAGCACACUUUUCUCCAGAUACCAGGAAACGAGCCACAAGACCAUUCUCCAGGGACCACUGCCGUGGAAAAUCAGGGCUGAGUGAGCCAAGGCCUUGGGCCCAAGCUGGCCAAGCCCAGGUGCUCACUGGGCCGUGUGGGUCCGGCCGCUGGAAGGUCAGACUAUGGCAGGGCCUUCGAGCAAUCUCCAUUCCCACUCUCCCACUUUGCAGGCCGGGAGGCUGAGGCCCAGAGAGGGGAGGAACUUAGCCUUGGCCCCACAGUGAGAGCAGGAAGCCAGACAGAGCCAGGCACCCCCACCCUCUGGCUCACUGUAGCGGGACCCUCCCCCCCCCCCCCCGGCCCCAUGUCAGGAGCUCCAUCAAGGAGCAGGUGCUCCAGGCGAAGGCUGCUGUGUCCCCUGUGGCCCACGUCGGGAAGGGGGGAUCUGCAGUGUGCAGGCUGAUGGCGGCGGUGGGGUGGGGUGGGGUGGAGAAUGUCUCUGCAUAUUUUUUAAACUUUGAUAAGGAGGCCAUAGAGCCUGCUUGUUUGCAUAACUUUUUUAAAAGAGAAUUGAUAUUUUCAUUACUUUCCUAUAAAUACAGUUGUGAAAUAAUAGCUCACUUGCUGGUGCUUUUCAAGUGUAAUCUCUUCUGCUUAAAGUGGAUGCAGACAGUUAUGAUUUUUAUGACUUUCCAGCUUCCUGAACAACAACCGCAAAGAGCUUUCAAGUGCCAUUUGAGAAAGGUGCCCCAGUGGGGCCUUGUGUGUUUAUUUUUCCUCUGUGCCCAGAGUGAGAGUCGUGGAAAGAAAUGUGAAUAUCAUGGCCCGGCC